AUGAAUGAAAUUAAAGAGAGUUUUAAUAAUAAAUCUAAUUUGUAUGAUGAAGUAAAUGAAAUUAAUGAUGAUGAUUGUACUAAUGUAAUUGAUGAUUGUGACGAUGAUAAUUUUCACGAAGAAGAAACAGGAGAUAUUACAAUAGAAUAUAUUGAAGAAUUAACAAAUACUAAAGAAGGACACGACGAUUUUGUUGAAAGUAAUGACAACACACCGUCAUCAGUUCAAUUUGAAGACAACAGAGCUGUAAAUGACAUAAACACAGAUAAAAACAAUUUAAAUAUAAUUUGUAAUGACCAACUUGAGCAAAACUGUAUUCAAUCACAAACAACUAUUAGUACUCAGUUACAACAAAAUUUUAUUAACGAAUUGCAACAAAGUAUCACCAAUCAAUUACAACAAAUUAUUACCGAUCAGUUACAACAGAUUAUUAGUGCCAAAUUACAACAAAACAUUAGUGCCCAAUUACGAAAAGAUAUUAAUACUCAGUUACAACAAUUUAUUACUGAUCAAUUACAACAAAAUAUAAAUGCUCACUUUAAACGAAUGAUUAGGGAGAUACUACAACAAAAUCUUUGUACUAAACAACAGAAUGUUAGUAUACAGUUACAACAAAAUGUCAAUGCCAAGUUACAACAAAAUGUCGGUGCAAAAGAACAACAAAAUGAAAAUAAAUUUGUGUGCGAUUUGUGUAACAAAGAGUUUCCCUAUAAAAGAAAUUUAACAAGGCACAAGCGAAUACAUUUAGGAACAAACAGAUUUCAUUGCAAUCAUUGUAAUUAUCAAACGAACGAACCAUCUAAAUUGCGCAAACACAUAUUGACUCAUUAUAAAAACCAAUUACAAAUAGACUUGACAGAUAAAUUCAUAUGUGAUUCAUGUACAAAGGAAUAUUCAACUAAGAAAUCUUUAAAAAGACAUGAACGUAAUAUACAUAUUGAAAACAAAAGAUUGCAUUGUGACCACUGCAAUUAUAAAACAAACGAGAAAUCACAUUUACGCAAGCAUGUUUUGACACAUACAAAAUAGAUUUUAAUACGCCUAUGUUUCCAUAGUAGACGGUACCGA